GCCCCUUCCGCGGGUCGCCAGCACCCAGCACAGGACGCCAACGCGCUCCGGAGCGGACCAACCGGGCCGACCCUCGCAGGCUGGGGCGGGACACGGCGGGGCGGGGCCCGCGAGGCUGCCGUUCGCCGGAACCCGCGGGAGGGCAGCCGGGCCGGGCGGAGCGCACAGCGCAACGGACCGACCGCGCGCGCUCUGCCGGUCACUUCCGGCGUCUGGCAGCGGCGCCCAGCGGGAGCGGGAGGGCGCAGCGUCAGCUCCGGGCUCGGCUGCGAGGCCGCGGUCCCGAGCCGGGAAGGACGCUGGGCGGGCGACCCUGAGCCGCGCGUUCCGCAGCCAUGGAGCAGGACGACCCGGCCGAGGCGCUGACGGAGCUGCGCGAGCGGCGGCUGGGCGCGCUAGAGCUGCUGCAGGCGGCGGCCGGCUCCGGCUUGGCGGCCUAUGCGGUGUGGGCGCUGCUGCUCCAGCCCGGCUUCCGGCGCGUGCCGCUGCGGCUGCAGGUGCCCUACGUCGGCGCGAGCGCGCGGCAGGUGGAGCACGUGUUGUCGCUGCUGCGAGGCCGCCCUGGAAAAACGGUGGAUCUGGGCUCUGGCGACGGCAGGAUCGUGCUGGCGGCCCACCGGUGCGGCCUCCGCCCCGCCGUGGGCUACGAGCUGAACCCGUGGCUGGUGGCGCUGGCGCGGCUGCACGCCUGGAGGGCCGGCUGUGCCGGCAGCGUAUGCUAUCACCGCGAGGAUCUCUGGAAGGUGAGCCUGAGGGACUGCCGAAACGUGUCUGUGUUCCUGGCCCCUAGCGUGGUAGGUCCGGGAUUGCCAGCCCGCUGGGAAGUCCCUGCCGCACCCCAGGGUAUUCACUGCCCUGAGGCCUGGGCCGGCCUGCUCCCACUGCUGGAGGACAAGCUGCAGGCAGAGCUGCCUGCCGGGGCCCGCGUCGUGUCUGGGCGCUUCCCGCUCCCCACCUGGCAGCCAGUGGCCAUGCUUGGCGAGGGCCUGGACCGAGUCUGGGCGUAUGAGGUUUCUGGGGGCGGAGGAACCUCCGCUUGGGAGGCUGCUUCCUCUCAGUUGCCCCUGGACCAAGCUGCUCCUGGACCUACUUCUGCCUCUGUCGCGGGGACCCCCAUUUCUCAGGCAGGGUAAAUGUUCAGACAGAUAAAAACUCUGUGGGUUCUAUCCUUA